AUUUGCACCAGGAAGGACACAUGGGCGUCGCCAAAUUCGUGUCCGAGUCCAAGCUCGGCAUUGCCCUUCUCGUGCUCGUGCUCACGCGCUGCGUGGACCGCGUCUACAACACGCGCAUCACGUACGAAUUCGUACAAUUUUUGUGGUACUAUUCCAACAUUAUCAACCCGAUCGCUUUCCUCUUCUUCGCAUGGCCCGUCGUGUGGUACAAGCUGCGCUACACGAACGACAUUUCGCCGGAAAUGAAGGCGUUCCCGCACUACAAGUUUGCGAUCAUGGCCUUUCUCGACAUGUCGGCCAACCUCUUGUCGACCGUGCCGACGCCGCACAUUGGCGGGAACCUCAGCAACGUGCUUGGCCAAGUCAACCUUCCGUUCACGAUGAUUCUCUCGCAUCUCUUCCUCAAGACGUCGUACAAGAAGGCGCACAUCAUGGGUGCCACCAUGGUGCUCUACGGCGCGCUCGUGUGCAUGAUUCCGAUCUUCCGCGGCGAAGUCGCUUUGAACUCGCCGGACCCGAGCGUGGGUUGGAUCCUCCUCUUUGUGUUUUCGUGCGUCCCGAACGCUGGCGCCAAUGUGUACAAGGAAAUCGGCCUCAAGGACGUCGACCUCGACGUGUGGUAUGCCAACGCGUGGGUGAGCACGUACCAGCUUCUGUGGGGCGUCGCGACCAUGUGGACGAUCCGCAUCCAAGCGUUCUCCAACCCGACGGUUGAGUGGGCUGAUUUUCCGAGCUACGUCGAGGCUGCGCACAACUGCUUCUUUGGGAACGAGGUCACGUUCAACGGCGUCACGUCGACGUGCGAUGGCAGCAUCUUUACCAUCUACGUCCAGUACAUCGUCUUCAACAUCGCCUUCAACAUGUUGAUGAUGUACAUUUUCAAGGAAGGCAGCAGCGUCCUCUUUGUCUUCUCGUCGGCGGUCUGCCUCCCGCUCACGGAUCUCUUGUACAUGGUGCCCUUCCUCGCCGGUCCCCGUGCGUCGCAAAAGUUUACGAUCUUUGACGGCUUUGCGCUCUUUAUCAUUGUCAUGGGCAUGCUCGUGUAUCAUUCCGAAAAGGAAAUCCGCGGCACGGGCAACGACCGGGUCACCAAGUCGCCCAUGUAUGCGUCGCCGAGCGUCCAGAAGCUCAAGAGCAACCUCCAGCACAAGCGAGCGAUCAAGCAGACCAAGCAGCGGUCCUACUCGGGCGGCACCUACGGCGCGAUCGCGCAGGAAGAUCACGUCUAAGGUCCUUUGGAUCCACCAAAAGAAUCUUCCAAUUCUGGUC